AUGCAUCAAACCGUAUACCCUAUAGAUGCUAGCGUAGAUGGCACUCCUCGAUUAAAGCUAGCCGUGGAAAAUCAUUACUCGCAGGAUCUGGAUAGGAAAGAUUCGACAAGAGUAAAUCAUCGAAUACCUUUAUCAACGUCAGAACCAGAUUUAUCGAUUGCGAAUGAUUCAAGGCCGACGGUCAUCAUCACAAACGGCAAACACUGGACAAUCGAAAAUAGCAAUCACCACAAAGAAAACGAUACAGAUAGAAAGAAACAGACCGAUGAUGGCAACAACUUAAUUGUUGCCAAAAGUAGAAGACAGCUUUUUUUUGCGGAUGAGACGGGUGGUGCAUUAGUGGAGAUGACCUACUCUAAUCGAACACAUUACGGAAAACAGAGCUGGGAUAUACAUGAAUAUGGAGAGCUAGGCUCGAUAGAUACCGAGCGCAUGGAAAUGCUUACGUAA